AGAAGAAGAAGAAGAAGAAGAAGAAGAAGAAGAAGAAGAAGAAGAAAAUUGUGUCCUCCGACCUUGUUUACAGCCGUCCUGACAGCGUCUAACGAGCAGUUGAUAUAUCCAACGGAAUAAUAUUCAUAUGAACGAUUUUUAAUUGAACGGUAGUACCAGAGCCUAAACAAUCAUCCGUCCGGUUUGAGAGUUAACGCUGUACGUGUAACCACAUUGUCACCAGGAGCGACCUCUUUACCUCCCCAGCGAUGGCCUCCUCCUUUGAAGUAGGAGACGGAGUCAGACUCAGGCUGACGGAGCUGCUGGAACAGAAUGGCUUCUCCUGUCCAGAGGAGCUGCGGGCCGAACUGAAGGGACUGGUCGAGAAGAGAGAUCAGGACAGGAUCUCAUUUGCGACGUUAAGAAAACUAAAGAAUUGUCUUCGAGAUAAUGGGCAUCCCUUCUACCUGUACCAGUUGUUGGAGACCAGCUUGCCGUAUCUGCCGGAGGUAGUGAAGCAUCCGAGGAACCCUGAGCUGGUGGCCCGACUCGAGAAGAUUAAAGCCAAGCUGGCGAAUGAGGAGUAUCACAGGAUCACGCGUAAUGUCAACACUCAGGAAAUUAACCGGAAUGGAACACUGGCAGAUUUUGGAAUGCAAGUGCGCUCAGCUAAGGCCGCUGUUGUGACGGUGUUAAACUUCCUGGUGACGGUUGCCGCAACGUUUGCCUGUUCCUACAUGGGCAGCCAGUAUAUCUUCACUGAGACUUCAGCGAGGGUGAUUGCUGCAGUUAUCGCCACGUCUGUUGUCGGUUUGGCAGAGCUUUACGUCUUGGUCCGAACCAUGGAAGGAGAAUUAGGAGAACCAUAGAGGUUACAUCAGGACCCUGGGCCCUCGACGGCAAACGUUCUCAUUGAAUGAUCAUCACGAAUAUGAACAUAUCUAUCUGUUCUUGAUCACUUUGAGAUCAUUAAAUCUGGGACCUGGUGAUUGGACCAAACGAUUUGAAUGGGAGUUUUAGCGUUGAUGUUUGGGUAUUGAUUGAUGCCAAUUGCUUUGGUAUUGAUAGCAAAGUUAUUUGUCAACCGUUAUGUUAUUCAAUUGUCAUCUUUUUUUUUUUUAUUAACUUGAUCUCCUUUUUCCCCACAUGCUGUAUCUACUUCUUGUGUCAUUAAAAGUAUUACUUGUCUUACAAAGGAUGUUGUCUUGGACCGUCAUGGGGGGCUCCAGGGCCGAAGGGCCUGGUGUUGGUAGGUAUUUUAUUGUAAUCACAUUUCUAUGCUAGAGAUGUGAAACUUGGCAGGCAAAUAGAUAUAGUUAACUGCUUCUCAGAAAUGUAACAUUAUUAUGCUAUUAUCAUUAUUAUAGGACAUCAUUUCCAAUCAUUCCCAUGGCAGUUCUGUCUGGUUAACAGUUCUUGACUCAAAAACUACCAGUAUGCUAGAACUAAGCGUACCAUGCAACCAACCAUAGCAACAAGUAAUUCUGGAAAGCCUCUCAAAGUAGAACUCUCCCUGGACAAAUUGACCAAUCAAAACCAAGCUUGGGAUGAAUCCUCAGCACACCACUCACCUGCUCUUAUCUGCCCACUUUGCAUCUCUACAAUCUAACCUGCAGCAUGAGGUAUUUUCUGAGGUUACCACUUAAGACAACCUUUGUGCCUAAUUAAUUUUGUUGCCUACUUAAGCCAUGAAUCCUGUGUUCCUCUAGAGCAGGCAUGUCCAAAGACCGGCUCCCUUACGAAAAUGUAUUAUUUAUGGCCUGCCAGCCUGCCACCGUUGCAAUUUCUCUUUUCACCACAUGGUGGCAGCACCAUUCUAGUGCUAGCCACAUCCGCGACCCCCAUGAAUCUGACCCCUCCCCCCCACAGGUAGGCUAAUAAGGGUUAGCAAUCGCAUGGACGAAUUACUACAUCAUGGCUGCUGUAGCUACAUCAAACUAUACAUUUAAGUAAUCCUGAAUGGGCUUUAUAUUCAAUCAGUUCAUAAAUGUAAGUACAACUCACUAGUUUUGUAGUUGCAUCAACAAAAAACUGUUACUUAUAAUGCUAUUUAAAACAUACAUCUAACGGUUUCAAGUAAUAUGGACUGAAUAUGGAGUUGAGUCAAAUAGCAAUAUCUAUUUAAGUUAACUUAUUGUCUUAGUUAUGUUGGCAUAAAAUUUCAAGGCAGCAUGGACACUCAAAUCUUAUGUUGAAACAACAAGUUUGGUUGUGUGGUGCGAUCUGGAAAUUGUGAGAGACCUGUAUGUUUAUUUCUUGCAUGUGCAUUUUUUAUGGUCAAAUUGUUGUUAGUUUCCUACUGUUCUGGGUUAAUGAAAUUGAAGAAAAGACAAUAUUUUUAUUUGACUGCAAUUGUUGCAAUACAGUUGGUGAAUUUGUCAUGAAAUCAUACAUGUCUUCUCAAAUUAACUUAGACAGCUAUUCCUCAAUGCUUGUUCCUUAUGUGGUGUUUUUUUCUUCAAGCAUUUGUUAUUGUCAAAUUGAAGUCUAUUGCAGACUAUUGCAUAUCGUUAAAUAAAAAUUAUGAAAUGCAA